CCGAGCUUAUUGUUGAUACGGAAACACAAUUUGCAGCAAGUGGUUAGGAAUUGAAUGUGCAUAAAAAUGAUUUUUAAUACAAAUUUACAUACAUUUUAUUAUUUGAUAGGCAAAUAAAUAUAAUAUUUUUUAAAACAUUUUUAUUUUAGUGACUUUGUUAUUGAAUAAAUUCCGUUAGUCAUGGUAAGUAAAUUGUCUAAAAUGUGUUAAGUAUAAAUAUUCUAUAACUACCAAUAUAGUAGUAGUGUGUUAUAAUUCAAUAAAUACAUUUAAAAAUAGUUAUUCAAAAACUAUACUAUAUCAAAGUAAAGAUGAUUUCAUGACUCAUUUUAUAAAUUAAACAUACUUAUAAUAUUACAAUAAAAUUUAGGUUUUUCAAAAAAAAAUCUACAGAAUUUUACCAUGCAUAUUUUUGGUUUGAUUUUGUUUGCUGGAAUCGUUUCAUCGUCUCGGAAAGGACAAAUAUCUAUUGUACAAACAACUACAGUGGUUGGCUUCUUGCCGUCUGAAUUGCAGUCAUCGUCAGAGAUCAAGUUAACGACCAUUUUGGAAACUUCGGCACUAAAGGAUGAAAACAAUUAUGAAGAUUGUAUAUGUACACCUUUUCAUAAGUGCAAAACCUAUAAAGCAUCUCCUGAUGGCAACGAACUUAUUGAUAUAAGGAUAAACGUAGCUCCAUGUCAAAGUUAUUUGGACGUUUGUUGUAAUGAUACAAAAAUUACUUCAACAGAAAAGUAUAAGCCAAGUAGUCCAGAUACUACAGACAGUAACUGCGGUUGUGUUAGCCCCGAAGAUUAUAAUAAAGAGCAAGAUAUUGACCAUAAAGAUAUCACUAAAAAUCCAUCCGACGGCCAUUAUGAAGAAUAUACCAAGAGGCCAUCUGAUGGAUUUAAAGGAGAUUAUACUAAAGACCCACAUGUUAGCCAUAAUGAAGAAUAUACUAAGAAGCCAUCCAAUGGCCCAAAAGAUGAAUAUACUGAGAAUCCAUACGACGCUCAUAAAGGAGAUUAUACUAAAGACCCACAUGUCAGCCAUAAUGAAGAAUAUACUAAGAAGCCAUCCGAUGGCCCAAAAGAUGAAUAUACUGAAAAGCCAUACGACGUUCAUAAAGGAGAUUAUACUAAAGACCCAAAUGUUAGCCAUAAUGAAGAAUAUCCUAAGAAGCCAUCCGAUGGCCCAAAAGAUGAAUAUACUGAGAAGCCAUACGACGUUCAUAAAGGAGAUUAUACUAAAGACCCACAUGUUAGCCAUAAUGAAGAAUAUACUAAGAAGCCAUCCGAUGGCCCAAAAGAUGAAUAUACUGAGAAGCCAUACGACGUUCAUAAAGAAGAUUAUACUAAAGACCCACAUGUUAGCCAUAAUGAAGAAUAUACUAAGAAGCCAUCCAAUGGCCCAAAAGAUGAAUAUACUGAGAAGCCAUACGACGUUCAUAAAGGAGAUUAUACUAAAGACCAUCAUGUUAGCCAUAAUGAAGAAUAUACUAAGAAGCCAUCUGAUGGCCCAAAAGAAGAAUAUACUGAGAAGCCAUACGAUGUUCAUAAAGGAGAUUAUACUAAAGACCCACAUGUUAGCCAUAAUGAAGAAUAUACUAAGAAGCCAUCUGAUGGCCCAAAAGAAGAAUAUACUGAGAAGCCAUAUAACGUUAAUAAAGAAGAUUAUACCAAAGAACCACAUGUUAGCAAUAAUGAGGAAUAUACCAAGCAGCCAUAUGAUGGCCCAAAAGAUGAAUAUACUAAGAAGCCGUAUGACGGCCAAUCAGGGUAUCUUACUAAAGAACCAGCUCAUUCGUAUGAGGUGACAGACAAAUCGAUUACUCAUGAACAUAUUAGUACGACAGAACCCUUCAAGACCUCUUACGAUCACCAAGAACACUAUAAAUGUGGUGUUUGGAAUAAAUAUGGAGUUGGUUUCAGAAUUGGAAACGCAAUGGAUAGUGAAUCUCAAUUUGGAGAAUUUCCCUCAAUGGUGGCUAUAUUUAAAGAAGAAUUAUCGAGAGACGGUGAAAAAAAACUUGUCUUGCAAUGCGGAGGUUCAUUAAUCAAAAAAGAUGUCAUCUUAACAGCAGCUCAUUGCGUGAUUAAGAGAGAAAUCUCAACUUUGGUUGUUCGUGCAGGUGAAUGGGACCUAAAAACAGAAAAAGAAAUACUAAACCACCAAGAUCGUAGAGUAACAAAAGUGGUUACUCAUCCUGAUUAUUACUCAGGAGGACUUUAUAAUGAUAUCGCUUUAAUUUUCACCGAACAUUCGUUUUCUUUACAAGAUAACAUCCAACUCAUAUGCUUACCUUCAAAAGAUGAUAUAAUUAUUAAAGAUACGUGUUACUCAAGUGGUUGGGGUAAAACUGUAUCUUACAAUAAUUAUACUAUUGUUAAGAAAACUGAAUCGGGAAAAACUAAAGAAACUGGUCAAUACCAAGUCAGUAUAUUGAAAAAGGUUGAACUUCCAAUUGUUCCAGUCGAUAAAUGCAUGGCCGCUCUGAGGGCCACAAGACUUGGACCAAAAUUUGUAUUGCACGAUAGUUUCAUAUGUGCAGGUGGUAUAGAAGGGAGAGACACGUGUAAAGGCGAUGGCGGCAGUCCAUUAUGGUGUCCGUACAAAGAUGAGCCAGAUCGUUUAGUUCAAGUUGGUAUCGUGGCUUGGGGUAUAGGUUGCGGUUUGGCAGAUAUACCCGCGGCCUAUGUUAACGUUGCCGGUUUUAUGCAGUGGAUUAAUAACGAAAUAGAAAAUAGAGGAUAUUGAACGUUUCUGUUUUCAGAUAGUGUGUAUGCAUUUUAUUUACAUUACUUUAAUAUGUGGAAACGUAAUUUUCUAUGGAAAUAUUAAUUUUUUAUAUCAGAUCUAUUCAGGUUUUAUACAUUUAUUAUUGAUAGUUUCGCUAUCAUAACAAUAAUAACUUUAAAUUAGAGAUACCAUCAUUACCAUACAACUAUAAUUGGUUUUGUUUGGAAUACAUUAUUUUUGACAUUUUCAGUACCUAUGUAACUAUAUUUAUAAUUUUAUUUGAAGAUUGUGUUAUAAUUACAUUUGUAAUGUUUAAAUGUUGAAUUAUUACACAGCAUAUACUUAUGAAAAAUAUAUUUUAUAUUAUUCAGCAUAAUA